AAUGGCUAUGAAAUGUGAAAAAUUAAACGUCGGAAUUGUUUUUUGCGUUCAUGUAAAAACAUAUUCAAUAAGACGUCCAUUAUACUUAACUGAACAUGGAAUAUUUGUAGUUCUCCCUUACAGAGUUUGCAACCGUUUAUGCUAUCAUUGCAGUCAAAACGUACAAAAUGUUCAAAGAUGCUGUGUAUGCAGUAGUGACAUUUUUGUCGUCGUCCAAUAACAUGAUGCAGACAUAGUUCAACAUUCCCCGUCAUGCGCAGUAGCCGAAUGCAGUCGCCGGGAACGAUGGCCGUCGAUAAUUUUCUCUUUGGCCAGUGCAUCCUUUAUUUUUUAGCGUUUCUUUUCGGUUUCAUCGCCGUUGUGCCGCUUUCUGAAAACAGCGAUGACUUCCAGGGGAAAUGCCUGUUGUUUACUGAGGGAAUGUGGCAAAAUGAGAACAUGACGAUGGGGAAACAGCGCUUUAUAGUUGAAGAAUGGGGACCGGAGUCAUCCUGCCGCUUCAUCACUUUCGUGGGCAUCGUGUCUCUCAUCCUCUCCGCUGUACAGGCGUGGCGGACCUUUUUCUUCCUCUGCAAAGGCCACGACGACUCUCUUUUCCAUGCAUUCCUGAAUCUGCUCCUGUGCCUGUUGGUGGUAUUUGUGGUGUUUGUGGCUGGGACCAUCUCCAGUGUUGGCUUCAGUGCAUGGUGUGAUGCUGUCACUGAAAAUGGGGCCAUGCCAAGCAGUUGUGAGGAUCUUCAAGACACAGAUUUAGAGCUUGGUGUUGACAACAACUCCUUUUAUGACCAGUUUGCCAUUGCACAGUUUGGCCUUUGGUCGGCCUGGUUAUGCUGGUUGGGUCUAACGGUACUAGCCUUCCUGAAGGUUUACCAUAACCACCGGCAGCAGGAGCUGCUGGACAGUCUUGUUCAAGAGAAGGAGCUCCUGCUAGGUCAUCCUUUACAGAGGAGUUCUUACAACAGGAACGCCAUGAUUUAAACGAACAUCUCUCAUGUAGUCCAUUUACACUGCAUGAACCAGUUUCUGAGAGCAGUAUUAAACCCUCAGAAUAAACAUAUUUUUAUAAAACAUUAGAUCUGUGUCUUAGUUUUUAGCUAUGUUCAUGUUUAAAUAAACGAUCAUGGAAACAUAUACACGGUUGAUACCAGAGUAGUAAAUAGUCUCAAUUGUUCUUUAGACAGCAUCCUUACAGAAUUCUCAUUAAGCCAAGCUUAUCUUUUUAUUCCCUCAUAUUUUUACAUAUGAAGACACUGCCUGUGAGAUAUUGUGUUGUGUCUCAUUCUCUUGAGAAGGCAGCUGUGCAUUUAGGAGAGUCAGUAAAGCGUAAAUGAGGACGCUGUCUUUGAGCAGAUGUCGCAGCUCAAGUUUACUCAGAUGUAAAAUGUAAGGUCUGCUUCACAUAUAGAAACUAUACGGGCUCUACUGUACAUGGGAAAAAAUUAUAAUCAGAAAUAAAACUAAAUAAUUUUAUGCUGUCUUUAUUUUCUUACCUAUACAGUAGGUGCAGAGUUUAUUCCAAUCUUUUGGUUUUAACCAACACAUACUAGAUUGACAAAAUCAUUGAUUGCUGGGUCCUUUAUAAUAUCUUAUUUAUAAAUAAAUUGAAAA